AGGAGAGAAGACCAUGGCCUCGGUCGCGGCGAAACCCCUCCACCUCCCCGCCGCCACUACCGCUGAGCUCUCCUCCCUCGCCCCCUACUCCACUGCGGCAUCCGUGUCCUUCUCCUCGGCACGCUCGCAGUCCUCCUUCCUCGGCUUGCGGCUCGCCCUGCCCCUCAAGACCCCCUGUUUCCGCAAGCGGACGGAAGGGCGGGGCCUCCGGAUCGAGGCGGCGGCCGCGGCACGGCCGACGGUGCUGGUGGCGGAGAAGCUUGGGGACGCUGGGUUGGAGCUGCUGCGGGGGUUCGCCAACGUGGACUGCUCCUACAACCUCGCGCCGGAGGAGCUCUGCGCCAAGAUCUCGCUCUGCGACGCCCUGAUCGUGCGCAGCGGGACGAAGGUGACGCGGGAGGUGUUCGAGGCUGCCAAGGGGCGGCUCAAGGUGGUGGGAAGGGCCGGGGUCGGAAUCGAUAAUGUGGACCUGCAGGCCGCUACCGAGCACGGGUGUCUCGUUGUUAAUGCGCCCACCGCCAACACCGUCGCGGCAGCGGAGCAUGGGAUCGCACUGCUCGCCUCCAUGGCGAGGAACGUCGCCCAGGCGGAUGCCUCCAUGAAGGCCGGAAAAUGGCAACGCAACAAGUAUGUAGGUGUCUCCCUGGUUGGAAAGACACUGGCUGUGAUGGGAUUUGGCAAAGUUGGUUCAGAAGUUGCUAGACGUGCGAAAGGACUAGGAAUGCAUGUCAUCGCUCAUGAUCCUUAUGCUCCUGCUGAUAGAGCCCGUGCCAUUGGUGUAGAACUUGUGUCAUUUGAUGAAGCCAUUUCUGCUGCAGAUUUUAUAUCACUCCACAUGCCACUGACUCCUAGCACUGCUAAGCUUUUCAAUGAUGAAACAUUUGCAAAAGUGAAAAAAGGAGUUAGGAUCAUUAACGUUGCAAGGGGUGGAGUUAUUGAUGAAGAUGCUUUGGUCAGAGCACUCGAUGAUGGAACAGUUGCUCAGGCAGCACUUGAUGUGUUUACCGUGGAGCCCCCACCAAAAGACAGCAAGUUGGUGAUGCAUGAGAAAGUAACUGUAACUCCACACCUUGGAGCUAGCACUGUGGAGGCUCAGGAAGGUGUAGCCAUUGAAAUAGCAGAGGCUGUGAUCGGAGCACUGAAAGGUGAACUUGCUGCUACCGCUGUGAACGCCCCCAUGGUUCCUGCUGAGGUUCUCUCUGAGCUUGCCCCUUAUGUUAUCCUUGCGGAGAAACUAGGAAGGCUGGCUGUCCAACUAGUAGCUGGUGGAAGUGGAAUCAAGGGGGUCAAGGUUGUGUAUAAAUCUGCUAGAGAUCCUGAUGACUUGGACACAAGAAUUCUUCGUGCCAUGAUCACAAAAGGAAUAAUAGAGCCGAUAUCCAGUGUAUUUGUCAACAUUGUUAAUGCAGAUUAUACCGCCAAGCAAAGAGGACUUCGCAUUAGCGAGGAGAGGAUUUUUCACGACGACACUCCUGAGAUCCCUCUGGAUUCCAUCCAGGUUCAACUGUCCAAUGUGGAGUCAAAAUUUGCCAGUGCGUUGUCUGAUGCCGGUGAUAUACGAGUGGAGGGGAGAGUGAAGGAUGGCAUCCCACAUCUCACCCUUGUGGGGUCUUUCAGUGUGGAUGUGAGUCUUGAAGGGAACCUGAUACUCUGCAGGCAGGUUGAUCAGCCUGGCAUGAUUGGGCAUGUGGGUAGAAUACUUGGAAAUCAGAAUGUGAACAUCAACUUCAUGAGUGUAGGUAGAACUGCACCAAGGAAGCAUGCCAUAAUGGCCAUCGGUGUCGAUGAGGAGCCCGACAAGGAAACGCUCAAGGAGAUCGGUGAGAUACCAGCCAUCGAAGAGUUUGUGUUCCUUGGAUUAUAGCCUGAGUGCCUCCAUUGUCACAUCUUUAAGAGGCACAACAAUGUCUAAGACAGUAUCAGCUUCUUGGUACUGUGAAACCUUGUAUCGAUCUCAAGAAACUAGGUCCUGUGGGAGAGAGUAGAGUAUUAAGGCUUUUUGCUGUUGUUGGUGAUGCUGCUGUGGUAGAUCUGUUGAUCUUGUUGUUGUGUUCAAAAUAAUUUGGACAAUUGCUGUGGUGUGCAAUCAGAUUGCUAAGUUUGAUAA